UUGAUGCACUAUAGCGCCACAUUCGUCGUACAGCGUAUGCGCUAGACGGCGGUGGACCUGGUUGGUUCCGUUUCGGUACACGAGAUUGAAAUAGUUUUCGAAUGGUCUUCUUAUUUUAAGGAUUCAUAUUUAAUGAUAAUUUCGUCAUACAUUUAUUCGUUAAUAGCUGAGCUGCUUGCCGUUUUUGACCGGACAAGAAAACAGUACUCCAAGUGUGAGCUACAGCCUGUCUGGUGAGACUGAGAUAGGCUAGCAUCAGACUGGCCUGGCCGUUCCGUGCGCCAGGAUGCAGGGGGCGGAAGGGGCUGAGGCCCCGGGAGGGGGGACAGUUGAGGACGACAUGGCGGAGGGUGAUCUGGGGGACGGGGGGGGGCUCCGGUCUGAGGCAACCUCCAGGACAACUCGGCCCAGCCGGGGUAGUGUGGAGGAGCAGCUGCCCCGGUCGGGGCUCCGUAGGGGAGACAGCCAAGGAAGCGAGGCAGCCUUCACCUGGACGUCCUGCCGAAGUCUGAACACAACGUUCAAGGAGGAGCUUGAAGGGUGUCAAGCAUCUCUGUUUUGGAGAGAUACAGGCAGAGAUACAGAGCCCCUGAGUGACCUGAGCAGUGAGCAGCUGAGGCACAAGGUGCAGGAUCUGUCUGAGGAGGUGGCGCUACUCCGCUGUGAGCUAGAGGUGAAGCAUCGACACCUUGAAGGAAAACAGGAAGCUCUGAAGAUCCUGCAGGGACAGGCCAUCCUGGACAAGGCCACUUCGCACAGCAGGAGGCUGCAGCUGAAGAGUGAAGAGAGGACCAAGGCCUUAGAGAAGGAAGUGAAUGUGCUGCAGUGGGAGAUCAUGUUCAACCAGGACCAGUUCAAGAACUGUGCACAGUCAUGGGAUCACAAGCACAACAGGGUCUGCUCUGAGAACCAGGCCCUGAGUGACAGCUUGGCCCAGCGGGGGGCGGAGCUACAGGCCCUGAGGUCUGAGAAUUACACUCUCAGCCAGCAGUGUCUGGAGCUGGUGGCCACGUUGGGGGUCAGAGAGCAGAGGGCAAUCCAGGGGACCAGGCUUCUCUGUGGCCAGGCAGGAGAGGCUGAUACCCUGGAGGUGAGGGAGGCAGGAGAGGCUGACACCCUGGAGUCGGCGGUGUUGGGGGCGUGUCUGUGCCGUGCGGAGAGGGAGCCCUGCCCUUGUGCCCGUACCGCCAAGAAACACCUGCUGCAGCUCACACAGGAAGUGGAGUCCCAGAGCAGGAGGAGGGAAGAGGCUGUGAUGGUUGCGGAUGCUUUUAGAAUCGCCUUUGAACAGCAGCUGCAGAGAAGGAGUGAUCACUUCCUGCUUUUGGCUGACACAGACAGGAAGUUCCACUCACACAAGACUGAAGGAGGUGUGAGUAAGAGCAACUCGUCCGGUGUGGGCCAGAGACUGAGAGCCCUGCUGCCUUCCAGCGCUGAGGGCCGGAGGCUCCACCCCCCCAUCGAUACCCUGCACAGCCUGCUGGACAAGUUGAAUGAUAAGGAGGAGGCGUUAGCCCACCAGAGGAAGGUUAUCCUCAUGCUUGCUCACAACGCAGACAAACUGGAGAGACGGCUGCAGAACCCCCCACACCAGGACACCAGACACUGUGCUGAUUCCGGUCAACACAUUUUAAACCAUGCCCAGGAUCCAUGUCAGGGAACAACGUCAGACUCAAACCUCCAGCACGAUUUCAGAGGCCAGGACAGCACCAAACAUAUCCUAGAGUCAGGUCUUGAUACUGGGGGACCCAUCAGCAGAGAGGGGGGUAGUGGAUGAUGCUGGGUGACUCAUCAGCAGAGAGGGGGGUAGUGGAUGAUGCUUGGUGGACAGAUGGAUGAAGGUGUGUCAUUGCCCGACAAGAGGAGAUGUGGUAGAAGAUCAUGAUCAUAUUAGAGCCUUUAAAAAUUGUUUACAUGCCCGAAGGUAAAUUGAAGUUGCCCUAUGUUAUAUAACUUUCUGAAAUCAUGUUUUUGUUUCACCAUAAAGUUUCCACCUAUUCAUGUCCUGCCAUAUAUAUAUACAAUACACUUUUUCCAGACACAGAAUUUUUUUGAAAAAAAUGUUAACAAACUAAAAGUUGGCAUCAAUGGAGAGACUGACCUAUUGCUUUUGUUCAGUAGAAUAUCAUUUUCAGUUUUUUAUACAUGAUUAUGGCAACUAUUACUUAAACUGACGGAUGGUUGUGUUGGGCCAGGAGUCCUGUUAGCCUAUAUCAAAAGCAUUGUAUGUCAUGUAAAUGUCAGGGACAUAAAAUAAAUGAUGUAUUAAUCUCUCUAACUCCUUUUUAAUGGAACAAUUGUCUGUGCCAAUCAAAUCUUCACGUCACUAAUAAAUGUGUAUUCCCUCC